GGUGACAGGGUGAUCAGGUACAGCAGUCAUAACCUUGGCUGAGUCACCGCAUGGUAGCAUCAAUCCUCUGGCUGUAAAGUGGAUAAUAAUGGCUCUAGCUCCCAGGGCUGUUGUGGAAAGAGACAUGAGCCAACACAGAGGAAGCAGUCAAUAAAAGAUGCCGUCGAUGUAUUUGUUCUCAUAUUUCCCAUCACAGUUGCCUUCCAUGGCCUGCUGAGGGCUUGAAGGUUCAGGUAAAAGUUUCAGGGUGACCCUAAGUGGUGGGGGUGCAUGCCAGAUCUAAGCCUGGGAUGCUGCCCACGGUAGUUGUGGUGUAACUGGCUGCCUGGAACUUGAUUGGCUCAGGGCCACCAAUGCUAUCUCUAGCUUGUCCCAGAGUCUUUGCUUUUCUAGGGAGCCCUGAGGGUGACCCCAUUCUACAAGUAUAAACAGGAAGGGACAGGAACCAUGUACCUCCUGAGCUGCUCUCUGAGGAAAGGGUUGACACCCUGACUCCUCUCUCACCCGGCUGAAGAGCAAGAAGAGCCCCUACCCCUGCAUGCCAACCCAUAGACCUCACCCCUGGCCACCCAGUUCCAGGGGUGGAGGCAGCCUAGACAUGGCUUUGAAGGGCUGUUUUAUGUGCAAGCCACUCCUCACAAGGCUGUGAUGGGGCCUGAGGUUCUCUUCUGAGAUUGCCCAGGGCCACAGUUCAGACUGGGCUUUCCUGUCAUACUGGUACUGGGAAGGAGGUUGCGAAAGGACCCACCAAUGACAUGAUGCUCAGCCGCACUCUUCGCUGCUGAUUUGGGGAACCACUGUCUGCUGUCCUGCCCAGCCUCUGGCAGCAAGUUCUCCCAGAACCCCCUCCUCUAAGUUAGGGCUGGUUGGCUGGUCCAGCCAGCAACAACUGCAGAGAAUGGACUUCAGGGAGCCUGUGGCUAACUCCAGAAGGUGUCACUGACUCCAGCAUUGGCUUAAGGUGUCUCACUUCCUGGGCAGGUGGCUGGGUCAUCAGUGGGCGUGGGGCUUGGGAGGAGUGGAGGAGUCUGUGGGAGGGAUUCAAGAGGAAUGUGUGGCUAGUUGGUUCACCUUGGCUCUGGGUUUAAAGCCAACAGUUGAUGGUCCUGUAGCCACUGCCCCAUCAUUCCUGUUCCUGUGGACUUGGUCUCAUGGCUCUGGCAAAGGUGCCAGAGACAUGCCUGCUCACUGUACGAAUCCUCCAGGCCCACGGCUUGCCUGCCAAAGACCUAGUGACAUCCUCUGAUUGCUAUGUGACUCUGGACCUGCCCACGGCCUCCAGCCACACGCUGCAGACACGCACAGUCAAGAACAGCAGAAACCCCGUCUGGAAUCAGAACUUCCACUUCCGGAUCCACAGGCAGCUCAAGAAUGUUGUGGAGCUGAAAGUCUUUGACAAGGACCUGUUGACCAAAGAUGACCCCGUGUUGUCUGUGCUCUUUGACGUGGGGACUCUACGAGCUGGGGAGUCCCGGCGCCAGAGCUUCUCACUGAGCGCUCAGGAGGAUGGGCGCUUGGAAGUUGAAUUUCGGCUGCAGACCCUGACAGACCGUGAGGAACAGCUCAUCAGCAACGGCAUCCUGGUGGCCCGGGAACUCUCCUGCUUGCAUGUUGAACUGAGGAGGACAGGAGACCCAAAGGGGUCAGAGAGCAGAGUUCAGCUUGUGGUUGCUGGGGCCUGUGAGGGCCCACAGGAUGCCGCUGUGGGCACUGGUUCUUUCCGGUUCCAUUAUCCAGCCUGCUGGGAACAAGAUCUGAAUGUUCAUCUGCAGGAGGAGCCCCAAGAACAACUGAAGGUGCCCCUACGAGCCCUACCCCCUUCACAGCUGGUGAGACUCGUCUUCCCCACGUCUCAGGAGCCACUGAUGAGGCUGGAACUCAAGAAGGAAGAAGGACCAAAGGAGCUGGCUGUGCGGCUGGGCUGUGGGCCCUGCCCGGAGGAGCAGGCCUUCCUAAGCAGGAGGAAGCAGGUGGUGGCUGCCGCCCUAAAAAAGGCCUUACAGCUGGAUGAAGACCUGCAGGAGGACGAGGUCCCAGUAAUUGCUGUGAUGGCCACUGGCGGCGGGAUCCGGGCGAUGACUUCCUUAUAUGGGCAGCUGGCUGCCCUGAAGGAGCUCGGCCUCCUGGACUGUGUCUCCUACAUCACUGGGGCUUCAGGAUCCACCUGGGCAUUGGCCAACCUCUAUGAGGACCCAGAGUGGUCUCAGAAGGACCUAGCAGGGCCCACUGAGUUGUUGAAGACCCAGGUGACAAAGAGCAAGCUGGGCGCACUGGCCCCCAGCCAGCUUUGGCGGUACCGGCAGGAGCUGGCUGAGCGUGCCCGCCAGGGUCACCCGGCCUGCUUCACCAACUUGUGGGCCCUUAUCAAUGAGGCCUUGCUGCAUGACAAGCCCCACGAACACAAACUCUCAGAUCAGCGAGAGGCCCUGAGUCGAGGCCAGAACCCUCUGCCUAUCUACUGUGCCCUCAACAGCAAGGAGCGGGGCCUGACCACCUUUGAAUUUGGGGAAUGGUGUGAGUUCUCUCCCUACGAAGUCGGCUUCCCCAAGUAUGGAGCCUUCAUCCCCUCUGAGCUCUUUGGCUCCGAGUUCUUCAUGGGGCGGCUGGUAAAGCAGCUCCCUGAGUCCCGCAUCUGCUUCCUGGAAGGUAUCUGGAGCAACCUGUUUGCAGCCAGCCUCCAAGACAGCUUGUACUGGUCCUCCGAACCCAGCCAGUUCUGGGACCGCUGGGCCCAGGAUCAGACCAGCCUGGACAAAGAGCAGGUCCCCCAUCUGAAGAUAGAAGAACCGCCGACAACAGCUGGCAGAAUCGCCGGGUUCUUCGCUGACCUCCUGACAAAGCGUCCGCUGGCCCAGGCCACCCACAACUUCAUGCGUGGCCUCCACUUCCACAAGGACUACUUCCAUCACCGUCACUUCUCCGCCUGGAAAGCUACCAAACUGGACGGGCUCCCCAACCAGCUGACGCCCACCGAGCCCCACCUCUGCCUCCUGGAUGUUGGCUACUUCAUCAACACUAGCUGCCCGCCCCUCCUGCGGCCAACACGGGCCGUGGACCUCAUCUUGUCACUGGACUAUAACCUCUACGGAGCCUUUCAGCAGCUGCAGCUCGUGGGCCGGUUCUGCCAGGAGCAGGGCAUCCCCUUCCCAGCCAUCUCCCUCAGCCCUGAGGAGCAGCACCAGCCUCGCGAGUGCCACGUGUUCUGCGACCCCGCCCAGCCCGAAGCCCCCGCUGUGCUGCACUUCCCCCUGGUCAACGACUCCUUCCGGGACUACUCGGCCCCUGGGGUGCCACGGACAUCGGAGGAGAAGGCAGCCGGGGAGGUGAACCUGUCAUCUUCCGACUCCCCAUACCACUACACAAAAGUGACCUACAGCCAGGAGGAUGUGGACAAGCUGUUGCGCCUGACGCAUUACAACCUCUGCAACAACCAGGAGCAGCUGAGGGAGGCCAUGCGCCAGGCCGUGCAGCGGCGGAGGCAGCGCCAGCAGCACAGGCGGAGUGACGGCUGCGGUACCCUGGCUGGGCUCCCACCUGGGUCACCUCUAACCUCAGCUCCUUCCCCUUCUGCUCUGAGUUCAAGACCGGCAUCACCAAGUGCUCCAGUGCCUCUGGAGGGACUCUGAUGUCCAGGCACAGCUCCACAAAGAUGCGUCUGGGACCUCCACACCUGACACUAAACCUGUCAGCAGUUCCAUCACAGAGUCCAGGCUGGAAGCUGCAGGCAGAGGUGCUACGGCCAUCAUUCAUGGUGCCAGGCGUGGCCUAGUUCAUGGCUACCCCUUGAGAGAGGGGGACUUGGGGCUCGUUCAAGAUGGGGACAGUGUUGGCUGCAUGACAGGACACUGUGACAUGGAACAUGUUACGUGUUACAGAGACUCUUAUAAACGGGAGACACUUGAGUGGCGCCCUCCCAAGAUCAUCUGUUGUACCUGGCUGUUGGUUCCACAGGACGCCUUUCCAAGAGAUCACAGGUGGUCAUCUUGGGGUGAGGCCAUGGCCCAGUUAAAGGGUUCAGGCCCAUCUCAGGCACAGUGACAAGACGACAACAGUGGUGCUUAUCCUGUGACAGGAGCUGUGUUCUAGAAGCUGGUCCUAAGCAGCCAUGGGAAGGGUGCCUUUGGGCCGGUAGUUGAGUGGUUCUCUUGGAUGCGUCCUCACUUGUAGCCCCAAGGUUUGGUGCUGGCUCAGGAUUCAUUUCAAGGUUCAGACCUGUUGGGAGAACAGAGAUCAGGAACCAGAUACCACAGAAUCUUGGUGUCCAGCCCUCUCCCUCCCUGGAGCAUCCACCUGCCUAGCUUAGGUUCACGAGCAGCUACUAGAAGCUGAGAGAUGAAUCGGAUAUAACAACUUUGAUUCUCAUGAUCCAGCAAGCUCUGUCAGCCAGGCAAGUGGUUCUCAGGGCCUGCCCUGGAAAUGUAGCUGGGGUUCUUAUAAAUGUUUGUCCUGGUACUACCAGAAGCCACUAUGAGCUGGGCCUGGUGGCAUAGGCCUGUAAUCCCAGCUACUCAAGAGACUGAGGCAGGAAGAUUACAAGUUCAAAGCCAGCCUGGGUACAAGAGUAGUACGCUGUAAAAUAAAUAAUAGCUAAGGAGAUCUCA